AUGGAAGCAUCAACGACGACGAGUGCAUCAAAAACACCCGCAGAUUUCUUAAAAUCUAUCCGAGGGAAACGAGUCGUCGUGAAGUUAAACUCUGGAGUGGAUUAUCGAGGAAUUUUAGCGUGCUUAGACGGAUACAUGAACAUUGCAAUGGAACACACAGAGGAAUACGUCAACGGUCAGCUUAAGAACAAAUACGGCGACGCGUUCAUCAGAGGAAACAACGUUUUGUACAUCUCUCUCGCCAAGUAG